AUGGAGGCCGAACCGAGAGGAGGCUCCGCGGAUUUGUCAAAGUCGGCCAAGACAGACCUCAGUGCAGAAGAGUAUAAAAAGGCGGCGGUCUUAAUUCAGAAAACUUACCGAGGACAUCGCACGCGUCGCCAGCUAAAUGGAUUCGGCUUAGAUGCUUCGACACGGUGGUACGAGGCGGUGCGAGAUGCCCAAUUCAAAGAACAUACGUUACCCAGACCUCCUAUUGCUCCCCAUGAUCACUCAAAUGCGAAUGAGACGACGACAUCCCCUGCAUGGCUGAAAUGGAGUCGCGCGACCGAGGUUGCUCGCAGGGCUGGCGCCGACGACCGUUCUCCUUCAAUCUCCGACUUUUCCUCAGAUGAAGAUGUUGAGGAUGCUGAGGGCUCAUCCAGCGCCCUGACUCAAGAAGAGAUGGAAGAGGCAAGAAGAAAAAGAGCCGAAGGCAACGUCAUGAGAAAAAAGGCCGCAAAGAUGAUGGAUUUGCAAUACUUUCUCGAGAUGGUUGACCAAAAACACCGAUAUGGGAGUAACCUACGCAAAUACCACAAUUAUUGGAAAACACAAGACACCGAUCAGAACUUCUUCUAUUGGCUUGAUCAAGGUGACGGCAAGAACGUGGACCUCCCAGAGUGCAGUCGAACCCGCCUAGAUAAAGAGCAAGUCCGAUACUUGUCACGAGAAGAACGUCUGAACUAUCUAGUCAAGGUCAACGAAAGUGGCUUAUUGGUCUGGGCUAAGAGUGGUGAACUUGUCUGGACCAAGGAUGAGCUUUUCAAGGACAGCGUCAACGGAAUCGUCCCCAUAGACGACUCGGCGCCAAAAUGGAAAUACAAUGUGCCACCGCAGGGCGAGAGUGAUUCCGACACCAGUACUUCGGAUGAAUCAGAAGAUGAGGAUGCAAACACGGUGGGCGACGAAGGGGGAAGAUAUGUCAAUGAAGAAUUCCAUAGAGCCCGAGGGCUGUCCAAGGUCAAGUAUGUUAGUGCCGCAGUUCUGUUCAACCACAUGAUCAGAACAAGCUUGAAGAAAGGACACAAGUGGAUAUUCGUGUGCGAUACCUCGUUUCGACUGUACAUUGGGUACAAGCAAUCAGGGGCAUUUCAACACUCGUCGUUCUUGCACGGCGCACGCAUCCUGGCAGCAGGGUUGAUCAAAGUCAAGCAUGGCCAAUUAAGAAGGCUAUCACCUCUAAGCGGACACUAUCGGCCACCAGCAGCGAAUUUUCGAGCCUUUGUGCGUAGCCUACGUGAUGAAGGUGUCGACAUGUCCCACGUGUCGAUCUCUCGAAGCUAUGCGGUAUUGGUUGGUCUGGAGAGCUACACCAAAACACGCAAGCGCAUCAAGGCCGCCGGUGAAACCGUCAUGCACGAGAAGGACAAGCUGCUGAACCCGGAGAAGGUCAAAAUGGAGGAAGAGGCGAAGCGGGACAAAUCGCAAAGCGCCGAGAAGGAGAGGCUGUACCUGGAACGGCAACGGGAGGCUCAGCAGCGAGAAGCACACGAGCGCAAGGCUCAGCGCAGCUUGACUGGCAAAUUAUCGAGUGCGCUUGGGAAACUCAGGUUUCGGAAAGACAGCACUGGCGAUGCUCCCGUCGGAGAGGAACAGGCGAGGCGAGUCCUGGGGACGGGGCCGGAGGACGGCGUGCCUCCACCAGAAGGUCAGCGCUGA